GCGGGGCGCUGGAGCGGGGCCGGAGAGCAGCGGCUGAGCGCGCGAGCGGGCGAGAAGGCCAUGGCCGUCGUUCUGCCCCGCGGCUGGGAGGUGAAGCGCGACCCCGACAGCGGCUGGCCCUACUACAUCGACCACAACACCGGCACCACCACCUGGAAUGACCCCCGGCUCCGCAAGGAAAUGCCAUACGCAGGGUUUGAAUCUAAUUACUGGUAUCCUACUGGACCGCAAGCUGGUCCAUAUCCAAGUAACUAUUCUCAAAUGAUGGACCAUCAAAUGCCUCCGCAAGGGUUGGUCAAUGGUGUGUUCCCGUCUGCACGAGCGUCGUCACCGCGGCCUGUCCAGGGGAACGCUUGGUAUCCCCCGGGGCCGGCUGAGCACCCGCGGGAGGAGCCGAUAACGAGCGAGAGCCACCAACAGCAGCCCUACCGCCAACAUCCUCAGCACCAGCAAAACCCCACGCCACAGGCAGGGCUGCCAAGGCCUCCGUCCAACGGGAAUGCUUCCUCCGCACAGUGGGCCUAUUCGCAAACCGGCCCGCCCAACCAGGGGCAGCUGUCGAGGCCGCAGGCCCCCCCCUCAUCAGGCUUAUUCACCGGCCCAAGGACAACGGGAGCUGUACGAUCAACAGCCUCACUACCCAGUGACGACAUCUCAGUACCCCUUUGGAAGCCCGGGUACUGCCCAGCAACAGGCCCUCUAUCCUCCUCAGCAUCAGCCUGCACAGUGGCAACCCUCGAUGCCAGCAUCUGCACUUCCCACAGCGGGAGUGCCAACCCACGACCCCUGGGCCCAGGUCCGAGUCCCAGCAAUGCAGUCAUCCACGGAGCAGUUCUCUCAUCCCAUGUCAGGCUUUGGGGGCAACAUUGUUUCGGGACCCUCGCCAGGCUGGCAGAGAGUCGACCCAUCACCGUAUGACCAGAAAGAUAUUCCAUAUUCCAUAAACCAUCAGGACCCCAUGCCUUGCUUAAACAACGCAAACUUCCCAGGGAAUGACCAGCAACCCGCAGGCUACCACCCAGCGCAACCCCCAGACCAGCUGCCAGGCACGACGCAAGCCACACGGAUGGAGUACAGCGCUCCCCCGACUGUGUAUAAGGUCCACACUGAGAGCAAGGGCGGUCGGGAGAAGGCCGCGGGGGCUGCGACCGACGAGAGGACGCAGCCGGCUGAAUGUCCCGUGCACCCCGGCCAAGUCAAGGUGGAGCAAGUCUUGAACAAUGUGCAGCAGCUGGAGGCCGAGGUGAACCAGUUUGACGGAAAGCGGGGAGACAAGACUUACCGCUUACUGGAGGAGCUGCUGACAAAACAGCUCCUGGAAGUGGACUCGGUGGAGACGAACGGCCAGGAGCACAUUCGGCAGGUGCGGAAAGAGGCCGUCCACAAGAUUCAGAGUGUGCUGGAGAAACUGGAGAGGAUUGCAAGGUAGAAGUUGAGGCCAGCAGAAGGAGAAUUCACCCACCGCUGUCAGGAGUAAACAGUUGAAAUAACUUUCCAGCACCAGGGGAACAGGACUGACGGACCAGGGCAAUGAGUCCCUUGUUGCUAGUAAAACUCUUAACCUGACCUCACUGUGUAUGAAUUGUUCUUGUGCAGACUAGGUUGUUUGGUUUACAGGUGCAUUUGAAACGAACCUAGCAUGCUUGCCAUGAAACCACGAGUGAACAGUCCAAAUAAAGAAUUUCAGUUUAGUAGUGACCAGGUGAGCAUUGUAAGAAAACGUGACCAAUUUCAUGAAUUUACAUUUUUAAGACAAAUCUGAACCUCUCUGUAUCCACUUGGGACUGAUUAAAAGCUUCAUUGCAUUCGGCGUUUCAGAUAUUAUUUCACCGUGCUUUGGUGAAAACCUGGUAUGGAAUGUGUAAGGUGAAAAGGGUGAUGGAGUAAAUAGUUUUCUUGGGUGAACCCUGCUUGUGGAUGUGUCGUGGGUUUUUAUCUUCAUAUCGUCAGUCGCUUGCCCCGUUCUGAAGGCUUUUGCUGUGAUGUUACUGAACACAAGCCACGGUUUGCAGGUAAACCACAGUGCGAUAGAGUCUGAAUGUAUUUGUACACAAAACGAGGGUUGUGGGACUGAAUAUUAAGACUUCUAAUUCCCUCUGCAAUCGCAAGUGGAGAUGAAGACUGCUUAUCAAUGCCGCCAGUGCUGGAAACCGGAAUGAUUCAGCUACGAGAACUGGGAUUCAGCAACUGGGUAAAACAGGCACAAUAACAGUGGGAGCCGUAAUGCUGCUUUUAGAUUCUGCUGCUGGACUGGAAGCCGAAUCAGUCGUCUGCCUGUUCUUUCUCCACUUGCGCACUGAUCUGCGCAGCAGCGAUACUUUGGCGUAGGUGUCCUUCGUUAAUUGGUGCUAGGGUGCAGAGAAUUGCUGCAAAUUUAACAAAAAGUCACCCAGCCCCCAGAAGAAAAUGAUGAGAUGAAUGUCAAGCGGGCCGGUGUUCACUGUUGACCUGUGUUACGUUGUCAAUGCUUGAAUACAAUUGAUGCCAUAUUGUCAUGAGUACGUUGGCCAUCAUUAACACCAUCUCUAACGGCAGUGUGGCUCAUUAUUAAUCAGUAGCUCCAGAACUCUGAUCACACUUACUAUAGGAAUGGAAUUGAGACCCGGGAUAGUGAAUUGUUUCCCCUUUUUGAAAAAAAAGGACCUGAAGUGUUUUAGCCUUUAAUGCCAUUCUUCUGUUUGCCCUCCUGGUUACUCGGGCCUUUCGUCCCGAGUUGAUGCACGGGUUUGCUGAGGAUGCGGGUGCAUCGUGGACAAGGCGGAUCAGACACGCUACACGAUCACGGGAUUUACGUCCUGACACGGUGCGACAAGAAAGUCUGAUGUGGAAGCGUUGGCGAUCAGUUUCCAGCUGAGCACACAUAUUGUUUCUUUUAUUGCAAUUGUAAAGUCUCCUAGUACUGAGCAAGCGACAUGGAUAGUGUGGAGACUUGGAUGGUUCGGAAGAAAUAAAAAUGAAGCAAGCGGUGAUUUUUGAUUGCGACUCACCAGUGUUUCAGAGAACCCAGGCAACCUGUUAUCAAAUGGAGCAAAUUAGAUACCACAGCCUUGUCUGUUUUUUCUCCAUCCUGCUCCUCUCUCCCGUUUUGUUUUUGUUUGGAGAAAGGCAGCCACCACUUGACCCUCUGAGGAUCAGCAAAGUCUCAGGCUGCCCGGCACUCCGUUCAUUCAUCCUGCCGCAUACAACUGCAGAGGCAUUAAAGAUAACGAGACUGAACAGGGAUGUGAAUGCAGCAGGGUUGAUUACACUGUGAAGCAAGUCACCCAUACCAUCCCUGCAAGCCUCACCAUUCAGCAGUUCUUGGACAGGCCCAUUGGGUUGGCCAGGACUAACGUGAACAUCCGAGCAGUCAGUUUGUGCUUUUCCUUUUUUGUUGGGAAUGUUUUUGAGAUCUCAGCACUGGCUUGGUGGCGAGUGUUUUGUUAGCUUCACAUCUGGAGCAUUCCCCCUGGAGAGAGACUGAGCUACCUGUUGAGAAUAGGUGGGACGGAUGCAGAGUGCCCAGACGCAAGGAGCAAUCGCAAAGCCUCCACGUUCUCACAAGCCACGUGAGGUUGUGUGUGUGUGUGUGUGUGUGGAGACUUGGAAUAUCCAAGACCCAGUUACCCCUUUUCAACGCUUCCGUCAUUCUCUGGUUAAACUCCACACAUAAUGGCAAAUCAGAAGGCUGGUCAAUGUUUGCAUGCGUGCUUCUGUACAACAGACUAUUGCUUGUCUGCCGUAAUAUCGUGGCCUUCAGCACAGGUGUUGUGUCCCGAGUAUACUUCGCUUUAGCAGCUAUCUAGUAUGUUCCUCCAUUAGCCACUGCCCCUUUCUCCUUGUGUGAACCUUGUGUCGCGAUCCGUCCUUUUGAUUAUAAACCAUAAUGUUUAAAGUUGCAGACCCAUGAACAAAUUAUUGUGAUAAUAACCAUGUUCGGUUCUUUAGGAAUGGGUGAUUUGUUAUUACUAGUUGUGGGGUAGUGUGAAAUAUGUUGUCCUAGUGCAGCAGCCUAUAUGCAGUUUUAUAUAUAAAUAUCUAUAUUCUAUAUGCAUGAUAGAACAUUUUAUAUUUUGUUAACACUUUGAAGAAUCAAGUUUGAUUGGAAAACAAGCAUGGGGGUCUAAUGAUAUGAAUGUAUGUGCACAUAAACACACCCACCCAAACUUGGAGCAGCAGCACCGAUUUUUGACUCAUGACUGGAUUUUGGGUUUUAGUAUCUGCUCUGGAACUGCAGUCAUAUCCACAAGGGUCCUUCCAUCACCUAUGUUCUCCGUAUGAUUUUGUGUAGCAAUCUCAGGUAUUUUCCAGUUCUCUCUCUCUCUCUCUCUCUAGUCACGAAUUGCAGAGAAUAAAAUAGGUAGUGGGGACUCACUUGUUUCAAGAGGUGAGAAAAUGUUUCUAAAGAUUAAUUUUUUGAUGAGAAAAAAUAUAUAUCUUUUAUCUAAAAGCAGUAGUGCUUCUGUGAUGUUGACCAAGCUUAUUGUUAAUGCCGAUUUAUGUGUGUUGCCUUCCUUCACCUGAUUGUUGCUAUUGUGCUCUGGUGUAUAAGUAUUGAACUCUGGUUGUCUUCCAUUCCCUAGCUUGCUCUGAUUUGUGCAAUAAACGUCUGCUUAUGUUUAA